UAAAAUAAAAUAAAUAGAAAAACAAAGAAAAGAACUGAAAAAAAACUGAAAAAGGAAGAUGAAGAAUACUCUAAGCCUCAAUAACGAUUUAAAAUUCUCUUUCUCUCUGUAGAUUCAUCAAUUUCAACUUCCAGCUAAAUAAUCCACGAAUUAUCUCACACAAUCCCGGAUUUUCAUCAUCAAAUUUCUUCACCUCAAUUUGUGUUGAGUAGAUAAGAAGACUGCGAGAAAAAGAUUGCGAGCGAAUCAAUCUUCUUCGACGAGAUCGGAAACUUCGAUCUUCCAAAAUAUUCAAGUGAAUGGGUUUUGGGACGCUGCUUCAAGGGUUCCUGCUUUUUACAAAUGCGUUGGCAAUACUCAAUGAGGACAGGUUUCUUGCUCCAAGAGGGUUGGGUUUUGAGGCUACACCAGGCAGAAGACAGUCACUCAAACAACGAGCUAGGGAACUUAUCUAUGUAGCUCAGUACCUGAGGUUGCCCUUGAUUCUCUUAAAUAUUAUCACCAUCGUAUUAAAGCUGGUCUCUGGAUAAGGCAAUGUUCUUUUUUGGUGGAGAAGGGGGGUGUCAAACGUAACGAUUUUGUCCUCUGCCCUCGAACUAUCGAUGAUAUCAUCCAAUUCUGGUUUGGAUUGGUUAAUUUUCUCUGUUAUCUUCAGGAAAUUUAUACCACUGUUGUAACUCUGUGAGAGAAAUUUAUACCACUGUUGUAAGUUGUAACAAUGUUUCUGAAGUCGGUAUAGUAGGUACGCAAGAGCUACUGAAUUUUGUGGUGCUGCUAUCACCUAGUGCGUCUCACUGUCACUAGCUGGGAUACCUGUUAUGUUGAUUAUACAGUUAGGGGGCGUUUGGUUCAAAUAGAGAAAUGGAAGGGAAUGAAUCAAGUAGAGGAGCGAAAUGGUAACCAUAAUUGUUUCUUUUAUUGGGUGUUUGGUUCAACAAUGAAAAGGAAUCACUUGUAAAGGAAUGUAAAUGAUUUUGUUACUCUUCUAAUAUAGAGAGUAACAUUUUGGGGGUUCGGGUUAUCCUUUAGUAAGGGUAAUGGUAGAACUACUACCCAAACCAAACAAGGAGAAAUGGAUUCAGAUUACUGAAUCCGUUUGCAGGCUCUUAAAAAGCUCAACCAAACAAGGCCUUAAGUCGUAUUCUUAUAUAAACUUACUAUUUAGUAUUUA